AUGUCAGAUUAUCAAAUCAUCAAGAUGAAGCUGUAUCAGUCAAUGUUUGUAGCCUUGGUUGUCAUCUCUGUUAUUGGUGAUGUCAGCCAUUUUGUUCAUAAUUUGGGCGCUUCUCCCGGAAGUGAGCUUUCAAGAAAUUCAUUUAGUUUGAUUUCUGGAUCGGACGCCAUUAUUGGUGCUCUAGCACGAGCUAUUGGUAGAGCUGUAGCCAGACGAGCCGCCGCAGGUCACAGAAAAAAUAGACGACCAAGCAAUCGCGAAAGACACCAGAACGGCGACGCCAGACGUCAACGUGAUCAGAACAGAAGUGACGGACAAAAGGGAGGCAAAGGUGGAAAGAGAGGAAGGAGGGGUUAAAGCGUGGAAACUGCUUGCUAUUUUACGCGGACAUUUUUGUCAAUAUUUCAGACACACAAAAGUGAGCAAAGAAAAUAUAAAAAAUUUUAGCAUUGUACGACGAAAUUUCUACUUUAGUCAAUUAGCCUAUUCAACUUUCUGUAAAGUUUUAUUAAAUUUGCAACGAUAAAAAUACUCGCCAAAAACUGUCCAAUUUUAGCCUACUGUGAUAUUACACAUUUUAUUACAUAAUAUUUGUAUUUCAAAUUAUAUUUGCCAAAAGUUUGUUUGUUCAUAAUAAAAUAUUUUUUGUAAAUACUA